UUGGACAUUGACCGCAACACGGCUUGCUGGCGACUAGUUAGCCAUACAUCUUCCAGAAACAGCACCCGGCUGGGUAUGAUUAUUUUGGUCACUUCAUACCUGGCAAAUUACACUAACAAAUAAUGCCCUCUGGUAGCGGCCAUGUUCGCUUUGCCCCGCUCCUCGGACAGGGCACUGCAGGUGCGUCACAGCUCCUCGGUUCCGGCUGUCGACAACUUUCGUCAUGCCGCGCGCUCUAUCUGCUAUGUUUCCCCGACCUUGCUUGGCUGGUGUGUAAUUGGCUUGGCUGGUGUGUAAUAUCAUGGCAACUAUGGCUCCGCCGCCGGCUGCGAGCCUGCUGCUGCUGCCGCUGCUACUGCUGCUACUGCCGGUCCUCGCGCCGGCUCGUGAGCUGGCCAGUGUAGGACGGCAGCUGCACGCCGCCGCGGCUGCAGCUGCGGACGACAAGGCGCCGCCGAGCACCGCUCCGGCCCAGAAGUUCGUGCUGGAGCCGCUGCCGUACAACUACAGCGCCCUGGAGCCCGUCAUAUCCGCACAGAUCAUGCAGCUGCACCAUGACUUCCACGACGGGGUGGAGUACGUGGGCACCCUCAACGCCGUGCUGGGGCCGCUGGCGGGUAGCGGCACAGCCACGCUGCCAGACCUAGUGGGGCUGGUUGGCCGCGGCGCGCUGCCUCCGGACCUGGAGCUGGUGGUGCGCAACUUCGGCGGCGGACACUGGAACCACCAGAUGUUCUGGAAGGUCAUGGCCCCGCCCAGCUCCGCCAACAUCAGCCGUGACAACAUCUCGCCGGCCCUGUCCGCUGCCAUCAGCGGCGGCUUCGGCUCGGUGGACGAGAUGCUGUCCCGCUUCAAGCUGCUGGCUGACGGCCACUUCGGCAGCGGCUGGGCCUGGCUGUGUGCGGCGGGCGACGGCGGGCUGCGGCUGCUGGACACAGCCAACCAGGACAACCCACUCAUGGGGGUGGUGCUCAAGGACCCGUGCGUGCCCAUACUGGGCAUCGACGUGUGGGAGCACGCCUACUACCUGCAGUACGGGCCCAAGAAGCCGGACUACACAAAGGCGUGGCUGACAAUCAUCAACUGGCAGCAAGUGAGCGCCAACUACGAUGCGGCCAAGCGAGGCGACUUGGCCUUCAUCGGCACGGCGUUCUGAGGGUUGACAUAUCACUUCUGUGAGCUCGGCCGUAGGACGCGCUGGGCAAUCACAAUUUAGGAUAGAAACUAAGUUGAGGCUUGGCGUUUGUGGGGAAGUUGACGGCGCUGAGGGACACGCAGAUGUGCUGCCUUGGCUCGGGAGGACCCCCCCGCACGACGCCCCCGUGGCCGACACACAUACACACGGGCAUGACAGUCCACAGAAAUCGCGGUCCCAGAUACUUGACUUGCAUUGUAAUGUUAUAAUUGG